AUGCAAAAUCUUCUCCGAAAGACGCAUAGUAUGUCCGAUGUGGAUCCCGACGCUUACACCUAUAACAAUGUCACCAAUUGGAGAUUUCAGCCGGCUUUCACUCCGAAAAUCAAGCUUUUUCAGGCGUUACUAACCUUGAUUCUCUGUGCUCUCUCCUUCACCCUAUGCUCAAUUGGUAUUUGGUACACUCAAAGGCAUCGUGGUCUUUCUUUAAGCAUCAAAGUUUACAUUGUUUGUGAUCUUUUUUGUCGACUACAGCUCGCGUUUUUUCUGGGAGUAUUUGGGACGUGUCUUUUCAGCUCAAAUUGGUAUUGUAUUCAAACUGAUGGAAAAUCCUUGUCACUCUUCGAUUUCAACAGUUGGAUUAGCAUCUUCACGAUCGCUUUACAAAAAGCUACCGUACUCUUUCAACUAGCAAUGGCUAUGAAUCGAUUGUUUGCCGUUUUCUUCGACAGUCAGUAUUAUGAAAUGGCUGGCCGAUAUCUUCCGCUACAAAUUUCGAUUUUCUUCCUCUUGCCAUUAACUUUAUUUGCAAUUCAGCACACAAACAUAAAAUUAACAACUGCAAAAGUGCUUCCAUAUAACACUCGUUAUUCCUUCGGUGGUCCUUUAUUUGACCCUCGACUGGGUGCUUUCAAUCAGUUUUAUUUAAAGAAUCGUGAGUGGAGAACACAUGUAAAGACUAGUAUCGAUUUUGCAUCAGCUUCAAUCGAUGUCAUCAUUUUGGUGAUAGAUCUGGCGCUUCUUCAGCGCAUUCGCCAGCAACAAAAGAUCAUUUUCAAUCACAUUGUAUAUUUUAUGGCCGUCUGCAGUCAAUGGGGUUUCCAAUUUUGCAUCAAUUCGCCGACUUUUGGCUACACAAUUCCAACUUUACUCAUGCCUUUCUGGAAUGGGAUUUAUGCG